AUGGACCUCCAGGCCUUCUACCUCCAGGCGGCCGAGGCGGCGGCCACUGUCACGGUUCCCGCCGCUGCCGACGUCGAGGACCCCAGGCUCCCGUCCAGGGCGGCGGUGCUGCUCAGGUUCGACGUGCAGCAAGCCGUCGGCUUGGACGCGGCGGAGCGUCAUGCUGAGAUGAUGGCGGACGGCGACGCCAUGGCUGCUCGCGAGGGAGGCGGCCUCGCCCGCGAGCUCCCCUGCCCCGAGUGCGGCAAGCCUUUCCCGUCCCACAAGGCCAUGUACGGCCACCUCCGCUCCCACCCGGAGCGGGGGUACAAGGGCGCGUCCCGCCCGCCCACGCCCGUCGCCUCCGCCGCUUCUGCGACACCUGGAGAGGCGAGGACCAAGAAGGCCACGCCGCGGAGGGAGGCUGCUCAUCAGCUCCCGCCGAUCAACUGGCCCGUCACGGCGAAGCGCACCCGCACUCCGACCGUCGCGUCGUCCCUGGUCAGCGCGGAGCCCGCCGCGGAUGUGCCGCCCCUUCUGGAGCCGCAGCUUGCCACGGAUCCUGUUCCGGCGGCGCCUUUCCUUCUGGAUCCGCCGCCCCGCGAAGUGGAGCCCGUGCCUUCGCUCCUGGAGCCGCCGCCCCGCAGAGUGGAGCCCGCGCCUAGGCUGCUGAAGCCGCCGACCCUCAGCGAGGAGGUGGAGGCUGCCAUGACGCUCCUCGACCUCUACCACCAAUUGCGGGGCGAGGAGGUGUCUCCAGAACCUGAAGACCUGCUUCCUACCACCCAGCAGAUGCAGGUCGACGACGACCCCGUCGCGGAGAACCAGACGCCGCGGCCCGAGCAGCAGCUUGAGCCACCGGCUCACCAUGUUGCCCACCAGACGCCGCGGCCCGAGCAGCAGCUUGAGCCACCGGCUCACCAUGUUGCCCACCAGACGUCGCGGCCCGAGCAGCAGCUUGAGCCACCGGCUCACCAUGUUGCCCACCACGCGCCGCCGGUGGAGCACAUCUUCGGGAUCAUCGUGGGGUCCCAGGCGGCGGAGGCCGAGCAGUUCAAUGCAGCCGCCGCCGCCGCCGCUGCAGCGGCCAAGGGGAAGAUGCCCAUGGAGCCGGAGCCCAUGAGCUGCGGCGCCCUCCUCGCGUUCCGCGACAAGCUCCUCUCCCCCGGCAUGGCCUCCAAGCGGCCCAAGAAGAGGCCCUUCCAAGAUUUCGCCAAGACGCAGCUGCCAUCAUCUGCUGCUGGUGCUGCCGCCGCGGAGGAGGCCAUCCCGCUGCCACCCGCGCUGAGGCGCAUACCCUCGCCGGCGUCGAAUCGGAAGUUCAUGUGCCCGACCGCGAUGUGCGGCAAGGCGUUCCCCACCCACCAGGCCCUGGGCGGCCACAUGGCCAGCCACAACCGGGCCAACAGGUGCGCCGCCGCGCAGACCAUGGACGGGCUCGCAGCUGCGCACGCCGUCAAGAACAUCAUGCUGCACCACCAGCUCCGCCAGGACGGCUUGCUCGGCGAGGGCGUGCUCCCGAUCCCGCCGGUGCCCAGGGCGCCCAAGUCGCACUCCUGCUCCCGGUGCGUCCUCACCUUCCCCACCGGGCAGGCGCUCGGGGGCCACAUGCGGAAGCACUGGAUCGAGGAGAAGGGCCGGGACGCGCCGCCCAUUUCUCUGCCUGUUCCGCCGAUCGCGGACGCGCUGGGUUUGGCCGUAGCCCCCGCGGCACUGGCCAUUGCCCUGGCGGUUCCGGCUGAAGCAGCGUCGGCGCCGGGCAAUGCCCUGUCAGUGCUGGAAUCAACCCCCGCGGCACCGGCCACUGCCCUGGCACUGGCAGUGCCGGUCGCAGCUGCGGCCGAGCCAAACGGAGAGCCCCGGGACUUUGCGUUUGACCUCAACGAGAUGCCCAUGGAAUGA